AGCAGUUUUUGCACAUAGUUCGCAAUUCGACUCAACCAAUUGAGUUAUCUAUAGACGACAGCACGACUGUGUUCGUGUAGUAGAGGAUAACUUUAAAUGCCACACACGCACUCGUGCGCGCAUUGCUUCAAAACUGGCGUGUCAAACGAUGGAUGAAUAUUCCCAAGUGUUCCUCCAAUGGGAUAUCACUGUACUCGAGGACUUCAGAUGUUAAAACUGUGCAGUGACGGACGGUAUUGGAAAAAUAAGCUUGGGCUUUCUCUAGUUUUGUUUCUGACUCCUCAGGAGGGAUGGAUUAAGCACUAUUGAGGUUUUACAGGUCUCCCAUGAUGUACUUCAUGAAUCACCAAGCAUCACUUCCCAAGGUCACCCAACAAUCAGAGAUGAUCCGAGACUGAUCUGAGAUCUGUUAGCACCUCUUAGCAAACUCACAACCAUGAUUGACCUGAGCUAUCUGACAGACGAGGAGCAGGGAAAGAUACUGGCAGUGCUGAAGAGAGAUACCAAGCUCAAGAACUCAGAAGAACAAAGAAUCAAGAAGCUACAUAAAACAGAGAAAGAUAAAAGCAGGCUUAAGUAUUUGACUGGGGAGUGGUUCUAUGAGUCAAAAUAUCACAGACACAGAGACAAGAUCUAUGGCUCCGACAUCAUCAGAGCGUCGAUGGGACUGAGAAAGCCAGUGACCAUAUUGGAACUUUCUCAGAGAUGGGAUGAGAAAGACGGUUUUGCGAACCGUGAGAAGAGAGAUGUUUUCAUUCCUCCAGAACUCGUAGGGCUUAUUGAGGAGCCGUCCACUCAAUCCCAGAGUGACAGGGUGGAUGAUCUUCAUUCUCCAGACCCCCAGGAACAACAGAGACCUCAAAUCAAGACCAGACAGAAUCCCUUCAAUAGUGUGAACUUGCAGAGAGUCGCAGACGGGCGUAUCAAUGGAGUGAAGGAGGCUGAUCAGACACCUACUGAGGAUCAUCAUGAGCUUUGUGCUGAGCCUCAGUCCACACAGGUGUCCAACUUCACCUCCACUGCUGAUUUAACAGGUAAGGCUUUUCAAUUGAGCAAUGAGUGCCAGACUCAUAAGGUCACAGAGGAAGAGGGUCGCUCAAUUCCUAAGGUACUUGAAUGGCUCUGGCGAGAUUCCCAAGAUGGAAAACUAACAAAAUCAGUCCAGAGAGAGAAGAACCAAAUGGAUCCAAAGGAUUGUGGAACAUCAAGAGCUGAAUCGCCCGUUGUACAGCAAAAGACUAUGCCAUCACCAAAGCCACAUAGGGGGCUUUUUGCAUUGUUUUCAAGAGCAGAGAAUAAAAACAGGAGUCUUGAAGUUUUAGUAACCAAUGAGGAAGUGACAAGUCAAGAUAACUCAACUUCAGAAUUUAAGCCUGACGCAGAUGAUAAUAUAGGUCUGCAGGAUCAAAACACAAAGUCAAAAAUAUUGCAGUUGGAGAAUGGAAACAAAGCAGGCGGUCCUGUUUGUGAAGAUAGUUUUCAGAGAGAGAUAUUCCUCCAAACUGAGGUAUCACCAGGUAGACUUGCCAACCUCAAGUCAUUCUGGGAAAGAGGUAUGAGAAGGCCAAAAAUACCAAGCAUGAAAAAUGAUGAAGAUGAAAAACAAGAAAGUGAACCAUCCCCACAAAAUGUUUGCAAUGCUUUGGAUUUGAGUAUUGGACUAUUAAAGUCCAAUGAGGUUAUAUUAUCAAAUCAAAAUGAAAAACCUUCUGAUCUGGACAGCAGUGAGGUCAAUGAAGACCCAGUAACUAAACAACAAACAGACUUGAUUAAAACUGAUGUCGAGUCACUGUUAUCCAGUUCACUGCUAAAUGACACAGAUAAUACUCCUGACGAUAAGCUGAAGGGGGAUGCUCUCACUGAGUCGCUCUCCACCGAUACAUCUGACCAGAGGAAAGAAAUCUCUACUUUUAAAAUGUCCCUCAGUCAACAGGAAAAUAAGUUACCAAUCGAUGAUCUCAAGUCAUUCUGGGAGAAGGAAAGAAGUGUACUUGUAGGUAAUGUAACACAUCAAGAGUCAUCUUCGCAAUGUUCCUCAAUAGAACUUGAUAUCAUGUCAGACAGUCCAGAUCUGAUGAGAUCUCUAAACCGAAUGAGUUUGUCUUCAAACAAAGAUGACGGUUUGAUUGUGAAGGAAGAGGAGAUGGAAAUGAACAAGAAAAAACAAAGCCUAAGCACAUUGCCAGAACAAAAACAACAAGAUGUCAGAGGUAGAGUACAUUACACCUUCCACAACACUUGUAAUUUCAAACCAAAGGCAAAUUCAGACAAACACUCAAGUCCUUUGCCUCCCCUCCGAAGUCUCUCUUCAAAAGGUCGGAAUGAGAGCCAAGAGUCUACUGACAUUUACCAGUCCAAAGAUCAAGAUCAGACCAGAACAUCCAGCCCUUUACGACAAUGUAAAGUACCUCCCAGAGACCCUUAUCCCAAGAACAAGUCAAGGAAAGAUGGUUCUCCGUUAACAACCUUUGCGAUAGAUAUCCAUCCAGCUAACAAGACUUCAUGCACUCUAAAGGCCAAACAAGGCCAAACUUAUGAGGACAAUACCUCAAUUUCAUUAAAUUUUUCUGGGAAAUUAUGCAAAACUAAAAGUCCUGAGAGAAAUCCCAUGUCCCUUGGCCAAGACAGCUCAGAGCUUCUUACCAUCCCAUUAGACAGUAAGCCAUUCCACUCCACAGCUGCUUGCUCACAGAUCUCAGCCUCCAUGCAGCUGUUUAUGUCAGCUAAACAUGGUGACAGUGAAGAAGACUGCCCCGUCAAAGCCGCUCUAGAAUGUGCCAAACCCAGACCCAUUUCUAUUUCCAAGAGUCUAGAAGACCUGGCAUCCACCCCCGCAUUGUCCGCAGUGACUACAAACACCAAAACAUCUUUCUCAGUCCCGGAGCAGAUGAAGAUGUUGAGUUUGUCUGUGCCUGCAUUCAAUCAUGAUGAGAUGGAUUACAGAAAAACUGACUGUGCAUCAGUGAGCAGUUUCGAAUUCGACAGACUGAAACCAUACAAUACUUCCUCUAGUAUUUGCUCUGAAGUGGCAUCAAUGUCUUCUGUCACUGGCAGUGCAAUGAGUAUCUACAGUAGUGAGUUUGGUAAUGUGGAGGUCAAAGGCACAAUCCAGUUUGCCAUUCACUAUUUGCAAAAACUAGGAGAGUUCCACAUCUUUGUGGUGCAGUGCGAACAUCUUGCCGUGGCUGAUCCUAAGAGGAACCGGUCUGACCCGUAUGUUAAAUGUUACUUACUACCCGACAAAGCAAAAUAUGGAAAGAAGAAAACCUGUGUGAGGAAGAAAACCCUGGAUCCAACAUACAACGAAAUUCUGAGGUUCAAGGUUCCAAUGGAUACUUUAAAAACUCUGAAACUAAACCUCUCUGUGUGGCACAAUGACACCUUUGGCCAUAACAGCUUUCUUGGAGAGACUGAGCUUGAUCUGGCUGAAUGGGACUUCAAUAACACACAAAGGAACGAAUAUCUACUUAAAGGCAGGCAGGCUCAAGUUCUUCCCAGCCCAAUUCAUUCUGCCUGUAGUGAAGAAAUAAGAGCAGAGAUGAGAGUCGUUUUGCGUUUUCUCUCACAGACUUCUGACACUCACAAAAACAAAGUGAAUGGCGAGGUGCAAAUCUGGGUGAAAGAAUGCAAGAAUCUGCCUAUUUCCAGAGGUUCUAUCGACCCUUUUGUUAAAUGCACAAUCCUUCCAGAUACCACCCGUAAAAGCCAUCAGAAGACCAGAGUGUUGAAAAAAGCAUGCAACCCAGAGUUUAAUCAUACUAUGGUUUAUGAAGGCUUCAAGCCUGAGGACCUGAAAGAGGCCUGCGUGGAGCUUACUGUGUGGGAUCAUGACCGACUCCACAACUACUUCAUUGGGGGUAUUAGGCUUGGUGCUGGUACAGGUAAAAGUUACGGAGCUGAUGUGGACUGGAUGGACUCUAACGGUGCUGAAGCAGCCCUGUGGGAGAGAAUGAUGCAGUGCCACAAUGAAUGGGUGGAAGGUGUACUACCUUUGAGAAUGCUGGUUAUGGCUCGAAUGUCUAGAUAGUCCAGACCAUGAACACAGAAGCACAAUGUGUGUGAAUUGAAGAAUAUGAAAUAAUUUUGAUGUAUGAACUGUAUCAUUUCUUUAUUUGUAAUUUUACAUAUGCCUUUAAACAUUGGUGGUUUCUUGAAAGUAUGGAUACGGAAAAGGUGGAAAAUAUGUUAAUUAAAAAUACUAUGCUUUUUGUGAAGUAUUCAUCUAGGAAACAUUCAUAUUUUCAAGUUACAGUUUUUUUGUUUAUAAAUUGUUUCAUUGGUGUUCUUAAGAUACUGAAUAAAUACAAUGUAUUUUAAUAAACCUUUUAAACUGACAAACUUUCCUUACGUUUAUGUUUAAUAUUACGUAUGCUCAAUAUCUUGUACUAACAAAUAACAAGAGCAGUUUUGAAAAUAUUUUUUUUAAAGUUCAGUAUGCUGCUUUCCAGACAUGUCGGAUUUAAGAUAUUUCCCAACUAAGCCCGGCAAUCACUCCUGAAAAAGCACUGUUUGAAUGUUUAUUAAUACUUUUACUUUUUACUUAAUCAUUAUAAUUUUAGUGUUUUAAUAUUACUAAAAACAUUCAAAUGGGAACCUGGACGUUUUUUUUAAUUCGAGG